GUCGGAGAGUGUUAGGUUAUCACUGUGAUUGAGAGCUGUGUCAACAUUGGACAGAUGAGAAACUGUGGCUGGGGAAGUCGGCAUGACUCAGCUUGCUUCAUAGCAGCAGAUAAACGUUGCUAAACAGUCCACGCUAACCCUUUGUGUGUGAGGACAAGGGCGUCUGCCUUUCAGCUGUGAGAGGUGUUGGUGUGUUGACUUGUGUGGGGUUAAACAGAUAUUGCGGAAUCCGCCAUUGUAGUGUUCAUUGACAACGAUCAGGAAGUGGGUGGAGAGAGAGAGAUAGCGUACAGCACGGCUGAUUGAGGUCUAGGGGAAGCAUUGUUGUCACCAUCAGAGAGCUGAUCAAUAUGUGACAGCGUGCGCAGUGUCUCAACUCCUCUCAUAGUCAACCAGUCGUCACACACCACGGAGACAACAGCGGACACAGUCACAGUGGACGCACCCACAGACAGACAGACAGACACACACACAUCACAGGUAUUGACAUGACCUGGAGACCAAUAUGGCUGUGAUGUUAUCUGUCUGACGUAGAACAGUAGGAUACCAUCAACAUGGAACCGAGCUUCAAGCUUGAUAAGUGGACGUACAAUAUGAGCCCCACCCCACAACUGAAGAUGAGUGGGCCUCCAGGCAGCAUCAGCGACGACUAUGCCUCCACCAAACUGGAGACACAGCGUCAAAUCAUCGAGAAGAACAACCGGCGGAAGAGACAGACACCCGGGAUGAUGCAGCCUAACGUCGACAGUCGACCAUCGUCAGGCAGGAAAAACAGAGAGGAGUCCCGUCCACUUGUCAAAGACUCCACGCCCAAAUCAACCACACCCACCAACUUUGCAUAUGAUGGCCCGGGAGGCUAUGACCUGGGCAGCCCUGACACCCUCAACUCAGGGACAUCAACCACGAUACAGGUGUUGGAUGUUACGUCCACUGUGUCCAAGGACUACAACAGUGACACCGACAGUGAGGAUAUCCCAACAAUAGGAACAGAAAACACCCAACCCAAAAAGAAGGGCAAGAAAAAAAACAAAAGGGCAGCAGAUAGUGAUGCUGUUACACCAAUCCGGUCACAGCGAGCUCAGAAGACUUCAUCGGCAGGGACGUUAUCAACCGUCAUCACAGACCAGGAGGAGGAUGAUGUGGACACAGAGAGUAUGCCCAUUGCACCCCAGCCUCCCAGGUCCCCCAACCCUCGAACAAUGAACCAGAAAGAUGCACCAUCCUCAUUCACCACGGAGAAUUCAUCACAGUUCAAUCAGGAAGGCAAUAAUGCUGAUGGACCUGCCAUGGGUGCUGUUGGACCUCGUGUUUACACACCCGAUCCGGGUGAAGAUCUGGAUGACUUUGUUCUCAGACCUGCGCCACAGGGUGUAACCAUCAAAUGUCGUAUCACAAGGGACAAGAAGGGUGUGGAUCGUGGUAUUUUCCCCACCUACUUCCUUCACAUGGAGAAGGAUGAUGGCAAAAAGACAUUCCUGUUAGCUGGAAGAAAACGGAAGAAGAGUGCGACGUCAAACUAUCUGAUCUCAACUGACCCCACCGACCUGUCACGUGCAGGAGAGUCUUUCAUUGGCAAACUCAGGUCUAACCUUCUAGGGACACAGUUCACGUUGUUCGAUAAUGGUGACAACCCCAAGAAAGCGGGGACGGGGGCGAGACGUGAGAUGGUUGCUGUUGUUUAUGAAACAAAUGUGUUGGGCUUCAAGGGUCCUCGCAAGAUGACAGUCAUCAUCCCUGGGAUGAAUCUGGACCACGAAAGAGUGGACAUCAAACCUAGAGGGGACCAUGAUGGGCUGGUAGAGCGGUACAAGAGGAAACACAUGGAGAACCUUCUGGAGCUUCACAACAAAACACCAGUCUGGAAUGAUGAGACCCAGUCCUACGUGCUGAAUUUCCACGGACGUGUCACCCAGGCUUCAGUGAAGAACUUCCAGAUAGUACACGACAAUGAUGUUGACUACAUCGUGAUGCAGUUCGGCCGUGUGGCAGAGGACGUGUUUACCAUGGACUUUAACUAUCCCAUGUGUGCUCUACAAGCGUUUGGCAUAGCACUCAGUAGCUUCGACGGCAAGUUAGCGUGCGAGUGACCUUCACCUUGGAUACAUUAUAAGAUGGCUGAUGGACAGUGGGAAUCCGAGUGAUGUAGUACUGCCUGCUGCAUGGCAACACUGCAUGGCAACGGGGUGCAAUCAGUAGGAAUAUCUAUAUCUCUAUAUAUAUGUAUAUACGUGUACUAAGCCAAAGCAUGGCACGGCCCCGUGUGAGCCUGACUUGCCAUGCAGAGAUGAGCUACAAGAAGGAAUAUUCACAAAGUAUCUAGCUUUUUGUCUUUCAAGAUCUAGGUCACAAGAAAUAAGUUCAAGUGCUAACGGGGAAACUUGAAGGAAUACUGACUUGUCACAGCGAGCAGGUGGUAGUAGGGCUGCUCUGCAUGACUGGGUAUGUUUCUCACAUGUGUUCUUCAGACAGAGUGGGCCUUGCUACAUCGGAAUCUGGAUGCGUCAUCGGAUGUUGCAGCAUCAUUUCCAUGCAUUGACUUCAUCAGGACCUGGCGUUUCCUUGUCUGUUCAGAUGUGUGCUUGGCCUGCCAUUUAGUUUAGUUUGUAAACUUACAAUUUUGAGUUUAUGUCUAGGUACUCAGUAGACAUAGCACCUACUCAAGUGUGCAUCAUGUUUCGCAAAUCACUUGGAAGAGUUUAUUUGAAUUUCUGUACGCUGAUGCUAGAGCUAUGUGUGAUGUUCGAGGUUGGAGAUCCAUCCAGCCAGAGGUUGUGAAUGUUUGUAAUAUUUGUGAAGCAACUGUCGUAGUUAUGCGAUGUCUUAGAGGAAAUGAAUCAAAAUAUGAUGAUGUUAAAUGACAACAAUUUCACCUCUUCUCUGGCUUUGUUCGUGGAUUCUUUCCGCAUGUCCGAUGUUUUAUUUAUUUGAUAUUUUGUUGUGCUGUCAGCGCACUCAGUGACUCCGCCCAUUUCACAUGGCGGUAUGGCCUACCCACACUAGCCAUUGUCCUACUGCCCCUUUAAUCAUGUCCACAUUCCAGCAAUGCUGUGAUCCAUGAACACCCACCGUGUCUGGGAAGUAGAAACUAAAUUAACACCAGAUUUCAGCUACUUACCUAUCAUCGAUUUUUAACUGAUAUACAUUAUUUUAAUAAAUACAAAUAUUAUUUUGGCAUUAGACAUUGACUCAUUGUUUUCAUGAAGGAUAUCACAGUCAUCAAAAACAGGUUAAUUAUCAAGUAAUAAAUCAAAUGUUGGUGUACUAUAUGUCAUGUUAUUUAGCUGAUACUGACGAGAUGUGAUGAUUUUCGUGACGUCGUUUGUUGUCGCUGCAUAUAUAGUGUGUUUGCACUUCAAGUAGCUGCUACAGAGAGGGAGCGUGACCCUCCUAUGCUGUGUGAUAGUGUUCACUUACCCUGACUCAAGUUUCAGCUAAGGGACUGGUCAUUUAGGACAGGUGGGAUUAUAAAAAAAUGGCAUAAUAGCUAGAGAGGAUACGUUUCCAAAGUUUAUUACAGCUAUAAAUUGGGACUGAGAAAAAUGGCUUGGUUCUAAUUUUUCAAACAAAAACAUUUAGGUUGGACUUUAUGUGGAGACUAUUCAUUCUUUUAGGGUGUAAGGGACACGAAAAUAUUUUUUACAUGUGUUUAGGGGUUAGUUGGGUGGGGUUCCAACAAAAUAUGAGUCUUUAGACAUUCUCACUGUCCCUAGAUCCCUUGUUAUAGCAUAGUACCAGUCCCUAAACUACUUAACAUAAAUGUAUCUGAUUGGAACUAACAUGUUUUCCUGAUAAUGGCCUUUGUGUUACUGAAUAUGUCUCAGUAUGUUUUACAAGUUACUUAAUUCGUUAAAUUCAGAUAUUGAAUUCAAAUGUUGUUGUGCUGGACAUGUUUUCAUACAUGCAAUCUCGGCCAAAGUAGGUCGUGCGGCAGCCGCUUAAAGAAUUGUGUUCAUGUGGAAA